AAGACAAAUGUAAAAUUAUUGACUGUGUGACGUGUAGUCAAGUCAUUUUAGACUUGUCUCUGACAUAACAAUCUUUCUAUCAAAAUACAACAUACUAUAAAGUUUGAGACAAGUAACAAGCAUAUCGAUUUAUUGUAAUGUAGGCACACUUGUGACAUACCCAAAAAAGCUAACAAUCACUUUCUUUCGUGUAAGUGCUUUCCUCGGACCCAAUAUUUGGUAAUAAUAAAACUAAACAGAGACUUAUACCUAUAAGUUUGGAACAUAUCAUAAUUCUUGAUUUUUCAGAAUGUGUGUGUGUGUGUAUAUAUAUAUAUAUAUAUAUAUAUAUAUAUAUAUAUGCCACGAGCAAUGCAUAUCUUAUGUAUAAACAAACACAAAAAAAAGCCAUGGAUUUCAUCACACUUGCCCUAGUUCUAAUAUUCGUGCUCAUAAUAAUUCAUGCAAUCCAAACAAUCUCAACAAGGGGCAAAAAGCUGCCCCCCGGGCCAACUCUGCUGCCCCUCAUCGGAAACCUCCACUUGCUCGGCGACCAGCCCCACAAAUCCCUAUGCCGCCUAGCCGAGACUCACGGCCCACUCAUGCGGGUCCGCCUCGGCUUCAUAAACACCGUUGUGAUUUCCUCUGCCGAAAUGGCAAAGGAAGUACUGCAGAAGCAUGACCUGGCAUUUUCCAGCCGGUCGGUUCCGAACGCCUUACUCGCUCACGAUCAGUUCAAGUACUCCGCCGUGUGGCUUCCGGUGGGGCCCAGGUGGCGCAGCCUCCGCAAAGCCCUCAACUCCAACAUGCUCUCCGUCGGCCGCCUCGACUUCGGACAGAAUCUCCGGUGCAGAAAGGUGGAUGAGCUCGUCGAAUACUGCCGGAGAAGCAGCAUCUCCGGCGAGGCGGUGGAUGUGGGGCGGGCGGCGUUCAGGACUUCCUUGAAUUUGCUGUCGAAUACGAUUUUCUCCAAAGAUUUGACGGACCCUUUUUCGGAUUCGGCAAAGGAAUUAAAGGAUCUAGUGUGGAAUAUCAUGUUGGAGGCGGGUAAGCCUAACCUCGUCGAUUUUUUUCCGAUUCUUGGCAAAUUGGAUCCUCAAGGUAUACGAAGACGAAUGACCGUUAAUUUCGGGAAGGUGAUUGAUCUUUUGAGUGGUUUGAUCGAUGAAAGAAUCGAAAGGGGAAAAUCCGAUCAAAAUGCGGACGUAAUCGACGUUCUUCUCGCCGCAUGUAAAGAAAAUCCAGAAGACAUUGAUCGGACUCACAUCGAACGCAUUUGCUUGGACUUAUUUGCUGCCGGAACUGAUACAAGUUCAAGCACAGUGGAGUGGGCUAUGGCGGAGGCUCUAGCAAACUCAGAGAUCAUGAAGAAAGCCAAAGCGGAGCUCGAGGAAGUCGUCGGAAAAGGAAAAGUUAUAGAAGAAGCAGACAUCUCACGACUCCCUUACCUCCAAUGCAUGGUGAAGGAGACACUCAGACUCCACCCGCCGGUGCCGCUCCUGAUCCCGCGCAGGGUGGAGGAUGACGUGGACGUUUGCGGCUACACGGUGCCGAAGAACUCGCAGGUGCUGGUCAACGCCUGGGCGAUCGGAAGGGACGCCGGAAUCUGGGAGAAUCCGCUGGAAUUCAAACCGGAGAGGUUCGUCGGAUCGGAAGUUGACGUGAAGGGAAGGGAUUUCGAGCUGAUCCCGUUCGGCGGGGGGAGAAGGAUUUGCCCUGGAUUGCCGCUCGCCGUGAAAAUGGUGCCGGUGAUGGUGGGGUCGCUUCUGAAUUCGUUCGAUUGGAAGAUUGAAUAUAGUGGGAUUGGGGAAUUUGACAUGGAAGAGAAAUUUGGAAUUACGUUGCAGAAGGCUCGUCCAUUGCUAGCUGUACCAAUUCCUCUCUAAUUAAUUGUUUUCAUCGUCUUCGUAAAGAAUAAAUUGUUAUCAAUUCCUUUGUCGGAAUGUGUCGGGCCAGGGGAUCGGGCCCUGGGCCCGUGUGGGAUUUUGUCUAUUCUUUGAAUAAAAGUCCCUCUUCUAAAUUAUAAUGGAUUUUAUUGCAUUUUUUUGAACAAUUUUAUAUAUGUAAUACUUUUGGCUCG